AUGCUCGCUGCCUGCUCACGCGCGUCGUCGGGUCCUCGCGUGCGCCUCGCCUCCAGCCUGGGCCGUCGCGGAGCGGGCCUGGGUCGCUGUGCUGCAUCACCGCUCCUCCAGGUCCGCUCUGCGGGCGCCUACGGCGGCGGCUCUGGCGCCUACGAUCGCUCCCAGAGCAGUGGCGGCGGCGGCGGCGGAGGCGGUCCGCUCCGCCGCCGGCCCGACGACUACAUUGCUCGGGUCAAGGAGGCGGCGGUGCUCUCCGAGGUGAUUGCCUCGACGGGCCUCGAGCUCAUCCCCAGCGGCCCGACCUUCAAGGCGCGGUGCCCGUUCCACAAGGGAGGCGAAGAGCGCACGCCGUCGCUGAGCAUCGACGACCGGACCGGCUACUGGAAGUGCUUCAGCUGCCAGGAGGGCGGAGACGUCUUUCGCUUCCUCAUGCUCUCCGAAGGGAUGGAGUUCCGCGAGGCGCUCGCCGCGGUCGCGGCGCAGUACGGCGUCGAGCGCUCGCCAGCGCCGGCCGGCACCGGGCCCGCGCCGGCCUGGCGCCGGCCGAGCGAGGCGGGCGCCGUCGCCGGGAGAGGCGGCGGCGCGGCCGGCGCAGCGAGCGCGCCUGCGCCGGCCGGUGAGGCUGGCGGCGCGGGUGCGGAGCGGCUGCUCGAGGCGCUGGACGCGGCAGCCGAGGUGUACGAGGUGUCGCUGCGGGAUCGGCGCCGCUGGUCGGCGGCGCGCGCCUUCUCGCUGUGUCGGCGCGCCGGGCUGCGCUUUGUGGCGAGCGGUGGAUCGAGCCGCCGCAUGGCCGGGGCCGGCGCCUCGACCGUCCACGUGCCGCCUCUGCCGAAGAAGCUGCGGGCCGAACCACACGAGGAGGAGAUCGGGCCGGGCAAGCCGUACGCAGAUGCGGCCGCGUUCAACGCCGACCACAGCCGUUGGGAGCAGGAGCGCGAUGCACGCGUGCAGCAGAUGGCGGAGCGCCAGAGAGCACAGAAGAAGCUCCACGAGCAGACUCGAGGGGAGCGAGACCGCAGUGCACGCCAGCGGCCGGCCGACGACAAUGUGCGGCGGGAGCAGCAGAGACAGCAGCAGCAGAGCGCAGUGCGCAUGGAGUCUUUGACAACGCCGACAUUCAAACUCUUCUUCCUGCUGGCCAAUCUCACCCGGAUGGUGGUGGACGAGUCGGCGAGUGGCGUGAAGGAGCGCCUGUGGAGCGUGUGGGAGGGGCUGCUUGGGCGACGGCCGCCAUCGUCGGCGACCGUUGACUACGUUGCGAUCGACAAUCCACGGCUGACGCUCGGAGACCGCAUAUUAGACGACAAUUUGCAGUCAAGCCAGCGCGUUGCAAAGCUCCUUGAAGCAGGCGUGGAUAGGGACGAUCUGCUUCGGACUUCUAAAAUCGACUUUGUGUUCAUAGGACGACCGUAUGGCGAGAGUGGAAGGGGAGCGUGCGUGCAGCUGUACACUGACAAUGCCGGCAGCCCAACCCGCGUGGAGUGCUAUGACGGGCAGUGGGUAUGGAACGGAUCACGGCACAACUUCACCGGGAGGGGCCACGCAAAGUUCAGUGAUGGGGAGUACAGCAACGGGGUUUACACCAAGCCGCUUUGGUGCGUGUCGGAAGAGCUCUACCGGACGCUGAGUGAGGACGUGAUCGUGAAAAACAACCUCACGUGUGCGGGCUUCCCGCAGCUGCCCUACGAGUUUGCACGCGACGCGCUUUGGAGCCAUCUUUGCGACAGCCACAGCCAGGCGCAGGAGCUUAAGGCCAUGAGAGCUGAGUAUGAGCGUCUGAA